ACGUUUCCAGGGAGACUGAGCGGGUGCACGUGUCCUGUAUAAAAGCGAGAGGCGUUGCUUGUAAGCUGAGCAGACACUGCAGCAUCUUGUCGUGAGGACCACAGAGACCACAACAUCCCCCCUAAGUCGCAAUAAUGCCUGAACUCUGCGUUGGAAUCAACGGCUUUGGCCGCAUCGGUCGCCUGGUCCUGAGGGCCUGCCUGGAUAAGGGCAUCAAAGUCGCAGCCAUCAACGACCCCUUCAUCGACCUCCAGUACAUGGUCUACAUGUUCAAGUAUGACUCCACCCACGGACGUUACAAGGGCGAGGUGGAGCACGAUGGCAACAAACUGCUUGUCGAUGGACAGAGCAUCUCUGUGUUCCAGUGUAUGAAGCCAGCUGAGAUCCCCUGGGGCAGCGCUGGGGCCCAGUACGUGGUGGAGUCCACCGGAGUCUUCCUCAGCAUCGAGAAGGCUUCCGCUCACAUCCAGGGAGGUGCCAAGCGUGUUGUGGUGUCUGCCCCCUCCCCUGACGCACCCAUGUUCGUCAUGGGAGUCAACGAGGACAAAUACGACCCAUCCAGCAUGACCAUUGUCAGCAACGCAUCCUGCACCACCAACUGCCUAGCUCCUCUGGCCAAGGUCAUCCAUGACAACUUCGGCAUCGAGGAGGCUCUCAUGACCACAGUCCACGCCUACACCGCCACCCAGAAGACAGUGGACGGCCCCUCCGCCAAGGCCUGGCGCGAUGGCCGUGGUGCCCACCAGAACAUCAUCCCUGCUUCCACUGGUGCCGCCAAGGCCGUCGGCAAGGUCAUCCCCGACCUCAACGGCAAACUGACCGGCAUGGCCUUCCGCGUGCCUGUGGCCGACGUGUCCGUGGUGGACCUGACCUGCCGCCUGUCCCGGCCAGCCAGCUACGCCGACAUCAAGGAGUCCGUCAAGAAGGCCGCACACGGACCCAUGAAAGGCAUUCUGGGAUACACAGAGGACUCUGUUGUCUCCUCUGACUUUGUCGGUGACACCCACUCCUCCAUCUUCGAUGCCGGUGCCGGAAUCUCCCUUAACGACAACUUUGUUAAACUGAUUUCCUGGUAUGACAACGAGUACGGCUACAGCAACCGUGUGGCUGACCUGCUCCUGUACAUGCACUCCAAGGAGUAAGCGGACCCCCCCCAACUCACCCACCCACCUCUAGCCCUUAGAAGAAGAGGCCGCAGUGGGACCACCGUUCCUUCUUUUACAUGCACUCACCUCAUAGUUCAAGCCAUAGUGACUUCCCCUCACUAGCUCUACCUGCUUUCGUCUCCUCCAAAACACUCUACAAGGCAUUUUUUUAGGCUCUGUAGCGGUCUCUCGUGUGUGAUUAUUAGUUUGUUUUCCUUUUACAAAGAGAAGUCGGCGCACUUGGAGGCGGACAUUUUGAAUUGACAGUAUUUGUGUCUGUGUCACCCCCUCAAACGAGCAUUGCUGUAGGUGUUUCCAUACUGGGUGUUGCCAUGUUAUAUUGGUGUUUGAGAAUUAACGGUUAUAAAAGAAACAAUUAUGGUGAAAGCUGUACCGUGACUAAAGAGGACAUCUGAAAUAAUAAAUAUGUUUCAAAAAACCCA